AUUUUUUUAUUUCCAGGGACGUAUUUUAGGGUUGGGAUCGACAUACAGAAUGUCUUUUUCCAAGGCGCAUGCGUUCAGUUGACGGAAGUACAAAAAUGUCGUAGAGAUUGUUGUUAAUGUUUUCAAGUGAUUAAAAAACAAGAAUACUUAAAUGUAAAUAUCUGGGAUUGUACAUCAGAAGAAUUUUCGAAAUCAUUUAUGAUGUGUGAGCUACAAGCCACACUGGAGUUCUCCCUAGAAUUCAACAAGUUCUUCAAUGUAGACUUGUUCCAGCGUGGGUAUUAUCAAGUACGAGCCACUUUGAAGACUUCACCUAAACUACCAGCUAAAAUUGAGGUGACUUUGCCCAAAGCUUCAGAUGAAAGCUACAUAUUGCCGUCCUGUGUGGUUAAUGGUACAGCCAUCACCAAGACAUUCCAGAUUCUGUAUCGAAAUGAAGAUGUGGCAAUUAACGACCUUAUUUUGUACCGGCUUCACACAUUGGUCGAUGCCAACAAGAUAGAGGAAACUCUAGAUAAAGCAGACAUACAAGUUGUUCUGGAUUUAUGGUUUUCUGAGGAGGAUGGGGG